CGUCAGCGUUGCGUUGCAAUCGCAGGAAAACCUCACUAGCCUGCCCCAUGUAGUCAGUUAUCACGCCAGACGUCAGCCGUCUUUGCAACAAGGCUGUCCCGCGUACUCCCCAUGAAAAUUCUACUCGCCCACGACCGCCCGCCCCUACGAACCAGAGCUCUAUACCGUAAUCUUAGCACAGUGAACCUUCUGAAACCUACAGGGUGCGCGUUUCGCGCUGCACGCGGCGGGCGGUGGGAGUCGUAUCCCGGUUGGCAGCCUGUAGCCGUGCAUAACGUAGGUAAAUACGAAGCAGAAGUUUCCGCUCGAAUGCUGGUGAGACCUUUCCGCAACACUUAAAGCCAUAUGCCCCAAGACUGCCGGUUCAUGAUGUAAGAGCCUUCGUUUCGGCAAUGGCUUCGACUCCAGCACCCGACGCGGAGGCGGCUCAGCGAGCCUUCCAACAGUUCGCAACUGAGGCAUGGACCCUGUUGGCCGUUGGCCUGUCGGUGAUCCUCCUGAGAACCUAUUCUCGCAUUCGUUCGGUUGGCCUCAAGGGUCUGCGUGCCGACGACUUCCUUGUUUGGCUUGCAGGGGUACUUUAUGCAGGCGAAACAGGCUUGGCUUAUUCGGUUGGGUUUCAUGCCCACGGUCUCGCGAACAAUGGCAUGACAGACUCGCAACGCGCUGGACUAUCGCCAGACAGCGAUGAGUUCCGAUUGAGGAUCGUAGGCUGCAAGAUCCAGCUCGCUGGAUGGUCAAGCUAUUCCACCCUCUUGUGGACACUCAAAGCAUCGCUUCUUGUGUUUUAUAUGCGAUUGACUGCUGGCCUUGACCGACACUACAUCGUUCGGAUCUAUGUUGGCUUCGCCCUGUUGGCCUCGACGUGGCUGACAGUCGAGCUGAACCUAUUACUCGCUUGUCGACCUUUCUACAAGUACUGGCAGAUUUUCCCAGACCCCGGCAACGUAUGCCAGCCGGCCGUGUCCAACCAAGUCAUUUGGGUCUAUUUCACGUUCAAUGUCCUCACAGACUUGUACUUGAUCUCGAUUCCGGUCCCCAUGCUGUGGAACGCUACACUUCGUCCGCUGAAGAAAAUCGGGUUUCUCAUCUUGUUUAGCGGCGGCCUGUUCAUCGUGGCCUGCGCUACGCUCCGAUGUAUCCUAAUCGUGACCGACCCGGUGAAUGGCGCCCAGCUUGCCGGAUCAUGGGCCGUGCGUGAAACGUUUGUCGCUGUCGUCACGACCAACAUGCCGCUGGUGGUUCCACUGCUGCAGCACUGGGCCAAAUUAGCAGCUGGAUCGAUGCCAUCGAUACGAUCUUCCAGGAAAUCGGACAAGUCUAAGAUUAUAGUGCGCACCUUUGGCGGAGGACAGGCACAGAGCUGGCGCGGGCGCGGCCCUCCCUCAGCAAACCCGAUCCCCGACAUAACGUUUAGCGAGAGCGAGGAGAGAAUGGUGGUCCGUGGCGAUGUGCACAUGCAGAACAUCAGCGAGUGCAGCAGCGCCUGAAGCUCACCUCUUAAACGAAGGGUUUGCCUCGUUCACGAUAAGGUCGAUGUUGGUAUCCUAUAUCAACUUCCAUCGGCCGAGGAACGCAGAAUAGGCUGGGUUUGCCCUGAGAUGGUAGUUUUGGAAACUGAUGCCGAGCACGGGGUUGUAGCAACCAAUGCAACAUGCCAUUCAUCUUCCCAAGUAGCAACCAAUCUCUGCAUGAUUGUAGAGAUGCCAAUGCGGCGUCGUGAGAACAGACCUACUACACCUGGUG